AUGAAAUAGGUGAUUAGUAUCUUGUUGAUAAUUGUCAUAUCAAAUGCAAUAUCAUAAACAUUAUACGAAUAGUGCUAUUCAACUUGGGGCAAGGAUUAAUUAGGCACAAGGAAAAAUACAAUUUUUUCGGCUGGAUAUUUGAAAUUUUCAGUUGCUAUGAUGUUACACACUUAUGGGGUUCAACCAAUGGAGCAAAAAUUCUUAGAAAAUUGUAUACUUGAUUAAAGAAUAAAGGUGGAUAUGCUUCUGGAGAUUAAUUUGUCUGGACUUCAAUUGAUAAGCUUGGAUUCAAUUAUUAAGGAAAGUUCACAACUGCAUAAUCUAAAAGUAAUCAUUAAUUUAAAUAAAAAUAGUGA